UCUCAUUCUUUGGGGGAGGGCCGAAACUUACGUCAUUGCCGUGGUUAUGGCAACCAUGACUUCCUCCCAUUUGGCGGGAGAUGUAAGUAACAGGAAGCAGGUUCGACUUGUUUUGCAAUCUUGACCCGCAAAGUUAUAACAGAAGAGCUAGAAAACAAACAAGCAAAAAUUAUCGUAAGCAUGAACAAUGAUGUCCCCGUGCAGACAGAGGACUGGAAGAGCACUAAAGAGGCGGUUGCAAACUUUCGACGACUGCUACUUUGCUCCAAAUGUUCAAAUUUAAUGAGGGAACCUGUGUGUCUAGGAAUGUGUGAGCAUAUGCUGUGCAGGUCCUGUGCUGGCUCCCGUGCAGGAGAUGGCUGUGUGGUGUGUCACAGCCCUGCAUGGGUGAAGGAUAUCCAAAUCAAUAGGCAGCUGAGCAGCAUCAUACAGCUCUUCUGUGGUUUGGAGUCCCUGCUCAAUCCCAUAGAACAACCAGACUCCUCUGUCACUGAGAUUCAGACACAACCUGACAGCCCUGUCUUUAAACACAAGAAGAACUUCAAGAUCUGGUUCAGCCCCCGCAGCCGCAAGGUGCGCUGCACAGUGGAGAAGCCUUCAGAGGUCAUAGUACCAGACAGCAGGUCUUCUGGAGAAACAGCUGCAGCACAGCCAGAUACCAUUACUGCUCAAGGCCAGGACCUGUCAGUUUUCAAUUUCACCUCGUCCUCCCAAGACUCUUCUUCUACUCAAAAAUGCAACAAUGAAAACAAAAAAAAGGAGAAGAGGUCAACUAAGAAAAAUGCUGCUGGCAGGAAGGCACUGGGAGCCACAAGGACCACACGAAAGCAGACCAUGAAGGUGACGAAGAAGAACAGGCUAGAGGCUAUAAAUCAGCAAUGGGGGAUCAGUGGGGAUGUAGAUGCCUUAAAGGAAAAAGAGCAGCCCUGUGCUGAAGGGGCAAGGAGGUCCAGUAAAAGGGUUUCUUUCCUAAGCCCUGCUGUCACCUCCGACCAGCCUAAGCCCGAAGUACCAAAGGGGAGUACUGAUGAACUCAGCCCUGGCAGCAGUACCAUGAGGGAAAGCCUCUCAGGAGGCAGCACCACUCAAAUGAAUUACCCCUCCUCAGAUGGUCAGAGCAUGUCAAACGGUGUCAUCCAAAAAAACUCACUCUCUACAAAUGACCUCAACCCAACUGAAGAUCCUGAAAAACAGGAGAACAUUUCUCCCCCAAAACCUUCCUCAAAAAGAACCAGGGUGGUGGAGAAAGUUGGCACCUUGGAGACUACACCAAAAAGGCCCAGGACUUCCCCAGGCCGGAGGAGAAAAUCCCCGGGUCAGAUGUCACCAGUUGUCCUUAACCCUCCUUUUUCGAUUACCCCCAGGUGUGACAAGAGCACCAAAAUCUCUAGAGAUGAGCAAGGACACAGCCCCUCUCUCCUAGCCACCAUUGGUCGAAAAUCUCCCUGUUCUCAUGGUGCACCUGUUGGACGGCCCAGCACAGGAAGCCCUGCAGUUAUGAAGAGGAACCACAAGGGAGAGAGCCUGCUACAUCUAGCUGCUAUAAAGGGAGAUGUAGAGGCUGUCAAGGAACUGCUGGACCAGGGGGCUGACCCUAACCUGAAGGAUAAUGCUGGGUGGACACCUCUGCACGAGGCAUGUAACCUGGGUCACAUGGCAGUUGUGGAGGUUUUGGUCUCAAGGGGAGCCCUAUUGAACACACCUGGCUAUGAAAACGACUCGCCACUCCAUGAUGCUGUGAGGAACGGACAUCCAGCCAUUGUCAAAUUGCUGCUGCAGCAUGGAGCCUCACAGAAUGUACUUAAUCUGCAUGGAAAGCAGCCUGCAGAUUAUGCAGUGAGUCUGGAGAUGCUGGAGAUUUUCCAGGAAGCCUCAGAGGGAACCCAAUAUGCUAAUGUCUCUUUUAGCCCCUCAGCCAGUCUUUCUGCGGUGAGUGACUUUGUGAGGAGAGAUGAAAGGGUUGCGUUUUUUGCCAGCAAGCUUUCUCAGCCAGCACAGCUUCAACUAGCCAAACUGGGACAGCUACUAGGAGGAAAAGUGGUUGACACCUUUUCUGGCUCAGUGAGCCACAUUGUGGUGCCAGAAGGACACAUGCCCACUACCUACUCCACCCUCCUGGGUCUCCUUGCUGGCUGCUGGGUUGUCAGAUACAGCUGGGUGGAGGCAUGUCUGCAGGCGGGCAAGUGGAUGCCCGAAACUGAGCACGAAGCAGGAGAAGGCCCCCAGCGCAGUCGCGUCAACAGAUGUAGCUUGCUCCCACCGCUCUUCGACGGCUGUUUCUUCUUCCUCCUGGGAUCCUUUAAGGCGCCUACCAAAGAUGAGCUCAGCAAGCUGCUCCGAGAAGGAGGAGGUCAGCUCCUGAGCCGGCAGCCCAAGCCCGACAGCGAUGUGACACAAACCCUGAGUGCAGCUGCUUACCACGCCCUGCCAGGCUCCGACCAGGCUCUCUGCACUCAGUACAUUAUCUUUGAUCCUCAAGGACCUCACAAGCCCACAGUGGUCAGACGAGGUAAGGUGUGGUCAGCUCCCUCUACCUGGAUUAUCAACUGCAUUGCAGCCUUCCGGCUCCUUCCCGUCCCUGAUUCUCAAAAUCUGGUGUGAACUAUAUACUAAAUGAUAAUUUUGCACCGUCACUUAUGUUAUUGCAUGGAAAUUAUGUGUGUUUUGCUUUUUAAAUAUGUGAUGAUUAAGUUGACAUGACAUGAUAAGACAUGAAUCACAUAAACAACAAUUAAAACAAUAAUGUAGCUGAUGAAAUCUUUGAAUGUUUUUUUGUUUCUUUUCUUGACAUCAUACUAAGCAGAUACCUCAAACCACCUUAACUUACUCCUUUUUAAUGUGAAGGGACAGGUAUCUACUGAAAACUUCUCACCCUGUCUCUAAGGGUAAGCGCUGCCACCCUGUGAAGGAAACUCAUGACCAUAGGUGACGGUUAGAAAUUAGAUUGAAUGGUAAAUUUCUCCCUCUUCACUGCGACACUCCAGUACAACAUCCACAUCACUGUAGAUGCAGCAGCAACCUCUCUGUCCAUCAUUAAGAUAUAAAGUUUUCUCUGCCGCCGAGCAUGGCUUCUUGCCGGGAGCAGGUGGUGAUUGUCACUUGACAAGAGCUUCGGCCAUUGUUGCGUUUACAACACAAGAUCAUAAUAGGCCCUCUGAGCAGCACUAGUCUUGAGGACAGACUGGAAAAUGACUUAAAAUGACGUUUCUACUAGACUGGUAAGUAAACAGCUGUUAAUGCCAACAUUGGCAAUGUAGCAGUAUCAAAGCUUACAAUUAGCCUCUUUAAACACAUUUGAGGCACUUUCCACUAUUGCACAAAUUUCGUGUUAAUUCAGCAUUUUGUAUGUGUCGUUUGGGUGUCCCACUCAAAUUAAUUUGUUGUCUGCUGCAAAAUUUAAUGAGUAGUUUUAGUGUAGAAUAGCAUUCCAUAACCUGCAUGGAUUUACCAGGGAGAGAUAAUUAUCUAAUUAUCUAAUUGAGAAGGCCUGUUUGAUACAAAUGGAGGGAGUGUGUUCCUUAAAAAGAUCAAUGGACAUUCAAUAUAAAGUAUAGAAUAGGAAAAACAAAGCAAUUAAUUGUUCUGUCACAGCUCUGGCACUUGCUGUGAAAAAGAAGCAAAACUUUUCUUUUGUGUCCAUUAGGGGUGUGUAUGUGUGUAUGUGUGCGUGCGUGUCCGUAUUCCUCACCACUAACACUGGUCUGCAGGUAUGUGUGCUUUAAGAGGUCUUCUACUGGCCAUCUCCCAAGAUGGGAUUCAAUGGGAUUAGUCAGGGAUGCACCUAAUUGCUAUUGAUUGCUAUGUGCUGCAUAAAAUUGCUUCCCUUUUCUUGUCCACGCUGGGAGGUGGGAGAAGGCAAUUAGCAGUGCGGAUGAGAUAGAAGCCCAGACUGCCUUGUAAUGAAAUAGAAUGGAGGAAUGAACCUGUGAGUAAUGCCCUUGAACUCACUGAGCAUUACAAAACCAUUAAGCACUGGUAUCUUCUUAUUUUCUCUCAGAGAGCUGUGAGUCAGGAAAAUACUGUAAUUUUAUUUAUUUGGAAAUGUUCUGCUUAUAGUAAAGAUCGCCUGGAGAUAUGCUGUGUACCGAGUCAGCUGUAAAGUUUCAUGUCGAGUAUUGUUUGUUGUUGCUUGCACGGUUUUAUUAUGUGGAAAUUGUGGCUGAAUUCAAGGAGAGUUGCUUAGCAGCAUUCUCUAAGUUUCAAUUAAAUUUCAUCUCACAUGCUGCCCCUGCCAUACAUUCAGUUGC